AUGGAGACCGUCAUUGAUCACCAUGUCGUCGAGGUGGAUGAGUUCGAUGCUCUGUCAAUCGAGGUGAAGACGGCCGCCGACCCCGUUGAGUCGGUCGUGUCGGUUGCGCCCAUCCCGACCAAGUUUCCCGCCAAACUCCACGCCCGCAAGGUCGCCGCGGAGCUCAACGCCGGCGAUGGCCUCGUCUUCCUGCCCGGCGAGCCCAGCCGUAGCUACGAGGACUCGGAUAUGGGCCCGGCCUUCCGACAGCGGCGAUACUUCUACUACCUGAGCGGCGCCAACUUCGCCGACUGCGCCGUGACCUACGAGCUCGCCUCGGACCGCCUGAUCCUCUGGAUCCCCUACGUCGAGCCGCGCCAGGUGCUGUGGUUCGGCUCGACGCCCGGCAUCUCCGAGUGCCUGAAGCAGCUCGACGUCGACGACGUGCGCUACACGACCCAGCUCGACAAGUUCCUGUACCGCCACCUCGCGCCCGGCUCGACGCUGUACGUCCUCCACGCCGACCAGGCGCCGCUGCACGGCGACUUCUUCCGCUCCGCCGCCGACGUGCGCAUCGACGUCGCCUCGCUGCAACCCGCCAUGGACCAGGCGCGCGUCGUCAAGACGGACUACGAGGUCGCCAUGAUCCGCAAGGCCACGGCCGUCUCGGCGGCGGCGCACCGGCGCGUCGCCGAGAAGCUGCUGAGGCUGGAGAACGAGAGCGAGAUCGAGGCCCUCUUCCAGGCCCGGUGCACCACCUCGGGCGCGAGGGAGCAGGCCUACGCCAUCAUCGCCGGCAGCGGCCGGAACGCGAGCACGCUGCACUACGACGCCAACGACGAGCCGCUCCAGGGCAGGGAGCUCGUCGUCUUCGACGCCGGCUGCGAGUGGCACUGCUACGCGAGCGACAUCACCCGCACGCUGCCCAUCUCGGGCGCCUUCUCGCCCGAGGCCAGGGCCGUCUACGACAUCGUCGCCAGGAUGCAGGACGAGUGCAUCGCCUCCAUCCGCCCGGGCACCCUGUUCUUCGACCUGCACGUCCACGCGAGCAGGGUCGCCCAGCAAGGGCUGCUGGCGCUCGGCGUCCUCAAGGGCGACCCGGCCGAGGUCUGGGACGCCGGCACCGUCGCCGCCUUCUUCCCGCACGGCCUGGGCCACCACGUCGGGCUCGAGGUCCACGACGUCUCGGGGCGCGAGAGGCUGCUGCUGCUGAACAACGUGGCGGCCGGCGGCCAGGGGGGCCGCGUCGGGAAGAGGGAGGUCGUCACGCCCGAGAUGCUGGCCGCCAUGGACAACGCCGCCGCCGCCCCGCCGUACAGGGGCCGGCAGUAUCUGCGCAAGAACAUGAUUGUGACGGUCGAGCCCGGCAUCUACUUUUGCAGAGAGUAUAUCGAGGGCUACUUCCUCAGCAACCCCCGACACGCCCGCUUCAUCAACAAGACGGUGCUGGAGCGGUACUACCGCGUCGGCGGCGUGCGCAUCGAGGACGACAUCCUGGUGACGGACGACGGGUACGAGAACCUCUCGACGGGCGCGCCCAAGGGCGAGGAGCUGCUGAGGGUCAUCAACGGGAAGGCGUAG